AGUGAAGGUUAAAAAAUGAAAUAUAUUUUUGUUCAAAUUCCCCUUCUCUGGCGCGCGCCUAAUUUUAGAAAGAGCAUAAACACUUCGAAAUCAAAAAUAGAACGCGCCACAGUUGCACGCACAUGUUUCCUCAUUAUCGCAAUUCCGUCCGUUUUAGACAUGUCACUAUUGUCGUGCCCCCUUUGCUUAAAACCGCACUUUCAAUGUGUCGAUUCGUUACGAACGAGCUUAAUUAGUGUCGCCACCACUCACAUCUCUUGCCCCGUUUGUAACGAACUUCUGCUGGGACUGGACAAGUUAACGAUUCACCUGUUCUCGCAUAUCAGCCAUGCGACUCCUUCCAGUGAGGUAUCGAGACCGGUCCAAGAGAUUGCAAUGGAUCAGGGAGCCGUGUAUAAGUGCAACAUUUGCGAUUUUUGUUUUUCGGACCAAACGAUAUUGGAUCUUCAUCAACAGCUACUGCACCAAACGGCAGAAAAGAGGAAAGGCAAAUAUAAUUACUUUUGCCAUCUAUGUCCGAAGCAGUUUAAGAUGCGUGGCAGCUUGAUGGUGCACCUACGAGUCGCUCAUUUCAGUUUCGUCCAGAAUAAUUAUAAGAAUCGGUUGGUGGCUGAUGCCGGAGAAGCUGAGACAGUCGAUAAGCGCAAGGGUUUGCCGGACAAGCACUGGGAGUGCGAUGUUUGUUUAAAGUUGUUUACGACCAAAUAUUUUUUGAAGAAGCAUAAACGUCUGCAUACCGGUGAAAUGCCUUAUUACUGCGCCCAGUGCAACAAAUACUUUACCUUCCAGCAAUCGUACCACAAACACAUGCUCUACCAUUCCGAUAACAAACCCCAUGUGUGUUUGGAAUGUGGUCGUGCAUUUAAGGAGUUAUCCACCUUGCAUAACCACGAACGAAUUCACUCAGGCGAGAGACCUUUUACAUGUGAGACUUGCGGUAAAUCUUUUAGGCAACGUGUGUCGUACUUAGUUCACUGUCGGAUACACACCGGCGCAAUGCCCUACACAUGCACCGCUUGCAAUAAAUCAUUUAGGUAUAAGAUCAGUCAACGUUCUCACAAGUGUACGGCUGACCCGCCCGGUAACAUCGUCCGGAAGCCAGACUUAGUCGAGAAGCUUAAACAGAAUCAAAUGAGCUCUGCAAUUAGCAACGCAAGCAACUUACCUCGGACACCAACGCAGGGUGACAGCAUUGAAGAAAUUUUAAACUACCCACCGUCUACUCAAACAACCUCGGAGACAUACACUUUAAGCCUCUCGCCGAUUCUUUCAGAUGUAGAGGCCUUAUGUUUAUCCAAUUAUGAUGAUAUCAAUGCGGAAAGGGAUAAUGUUGAGAUUAAUAGUCAGUUGGAGACGAUCAAUGAGGAGUCCUUUAAGGAGUUACUGUAUGGAUCCCAGUCGAAUACUUCCCAAUAGAUUAUAAGAUUGUUUGUAAUCCGAAUAUCUAUGGUAAAAUAAUAACAAUUUACCCUUC